GGCUCGCGAGGAAUCCUCCAGCUCUGCAUUUUAACAUCUCCUCGGACGGCAGUGGCGUCACCAUGAUAAAAACUCCUCCCUCUGCAUCGCUGCGGGUCAGGCGCAAAAAUGGUCGUCAGAUCAGGAAGCAUUUUGGCCUGAGCAGAGCCAACGGUCAGGACUCAGAGGGAACGCUGUGGAAGAUGCAGUCUGGUCAACGUGACGCUCAUUUCACCAAAAUGCCUGCAACUGUCAUCCAAUGGCAGGAAAUCACUGCAUACCUGCGUCUUUUGGAUGAUGAUCUCAUCCAGCAGUUCCUCAGGAUGGACUGUUGCUACCAAAUGACUGACAAGUAUCUUUUAGCCAUGACCUUUGUGUACUUCAAACGGGCCAAUUUCUCUAUUUCUGAAUACACCAGGAAGAAUUUUUUCAUGGCACUCUACCUCGCCAACACCAUGGAGGAGGAUGAAGAGGAAAGCAAGUAUGAAAUUUUCCCUUGGGCUCUGGGCAAGAACUGGAGGAGGCAGUUUCCACGUUUCCUUAAGCAGCGCGACGAGCUGUGGGCUCGUAUCUGUUACAGAGCUGCUGUCAGUAGGAGCUGCUGUGAGGAGGUGAUGGCCAUCGUGCCUUCCCACAUUGUGUGGCAGCGGCAGCGCUCCGUUCACCACAGCGGCGCCCUGAGGCAGUAUACCGCACAAGGUGCCGUCCGUCUUCCACGCGGCCCCUCUGCCUCCCCGCUUUCCUGCGCCCUCUGUAUCUCUGGCAGCAGGUUACAUCACAUCUCCUCCAGCCGCCCGGCUGCACAGACCACGAGCAACAGCAGCCUGAACCCGUUCGCUCCUGCCUUUACGUUUGAGCUGACGCCACCCAGAGCCGCUAAAGCAGAGGAGAAGAAAACUGGGGCUCAAGAAUCGUGCAGCUUCUACGCUGAAGAGCUUCCAAGGGCGGCUUCAUCCAGUGAUCCCUUUAUAGACUGGAUCAGCGAGAUGUAGAUGAAAUCCAAACCCUGCUGGUUCAUCCUGUUCCUUUCUGGAGACGCUGCCGUUCUUUGCAGUAAUCUUUAUUCUUUAUAUCUCUGAAUCUUCUGCUUAUUGAUGAUCUAAAGGAAACGCACUGACUUCCACAGAAGUUAAUAUGAAAUGAGUUGUUGGUGUUUAUGAGCAUAUUCUGUAAAGAUUGUUUCUAUUUAUUUACAGUAUUUAUUUAACUUAUUAGUACAUGAGAUGUUUGUGCAAUUUGUCCACCUUGAGGUGCAUGAAGGUUUGACGGGGAAAUCUUGUGGGGUUUUUCUCUGGUUGUGACUUUAGGAUGAGCCAGUGCUGUCUGAGUUUGAGAAUACAAAUCUAAACUAACAUUUGUCUCAAUGCUGUUUUUGUUUGUGGUGAUAAAGCGUUUUUUAUUUGUAUAAUACUCUCAAACAGUUAGUGAGAAUGAUGGAAUCCAUCCAUCAUCUGCUCUUCCAGCUGUCAGUUAUUUCAUCCAUUAAGUUUCCAUCAAUUUGUCCCACUAUGCAUCUAAAAAUCUAAUCUCUGCUCAUCAAUCUAUUAUGUUUUGUUGCCAUCCUUUCAUUUCUGUCCAUGAAUCAUCUGUUUUAUUGUUUAAAUUCUAAAUUGUUUGAUGAAAAAGACAAGCACUGAUUCUUAUUUGCAUCAGUUUUUUUACUUUUUAUUUAACUCUUAAAUAAUCGUUAGUUUCCAGGGGUCUUCAGUGGCUCCAGCUAUUUCAGAAACUUCCUCAGUUUAACCAGGAAUGCUGAAAAAAAAAAAUAAGGUAUGAUGAGUGACACCAAACAUUAAAUGGAUGCUGAUCUUUGACCUGGCUCUGACCUGUGUGGCUCAUCUGUUCGGGAUGAGGUCUGGCAAUAUAUGGAACGCUGCCAAACGCUGGCCCCACGCCGUCCUCUGAAUAACACAUUAAAGGAGAGAGAGAAAUGAAAGCAAUAGCUUUUAAAUUAAUCGCUCUUUAUUACUCACACUUACCUUCAUCGGCUCCAACUGAAGCUUCUUCUUCGCUCCUCAGAGGUUCGCCCUGGUCUGGAGCUUUCCUGGCGCAGUAUUGUCCAUCUUUCUGCAGGGCGGGGGCCACCAUCCAGUCCCGGACUGGAACCUCAACGAUGCGUUCACACAGAAAAGGAAGCUCAGAACACCGGAGACCCUCCAGCAGAUCAAUGACCUGCGUUAUGCUUUGAAAAAGAGAGAAUUCAGCUCCUGUACGUGAACUGCUCCUAAUAAAAAAGUGAAUAAGUUGUAGAACCUCCUGCAGUGGAAACCACUCUUUGCUUCAUUAAAUUUAACAGACAUAUUUUGCUCAGCGAUCUCAAAUUCACCCUACAGCAUUUCA